AUGCUAAGGCGGUUCUAUAACGGUGGAAGCUUGGUAAGGCGCGGAUUCAAAGUUCUGUGCAUCGAAACGUCAUGCGAUGACACAUGUGUAUCUGUUCUAGAUAGGUUUAAUCGGCAACAGCCUCUAAGGGUCCUUUGUCACUAUAAAGAAACAUUGGAUAGUUUGGAAGAUGGUGGUAUAGUGCCUAUUAAGGCCCAUACGCACCAUCAAAUAGCUCUGGGCAAGCUGACGCAGAGGGCAUUUAGAGAUGCUUUGGGUACCAUAGACCUUGUAUGUGUAACCAGAGGGCCGGGGAUGGUUGGCUCACUUUCUGCAGGUAUUUCUUUUGCUAAAGGAUUGAGUGUUGCUUUGAAUAAGCCUCUUAUAGGAGUGCAUCAUAUGCUUGGCCAUUUACUGAUCCCAAGAAUGGAGAGUAAUGGGGAGGGGGUCAAGUACCCGUUUUUGAGUUUAUUGGUAAGUGGUGGGCAUACAAUGUUGGUGCUUUCCAGGUCUGCUAUUGAACACGAGGUAUUGUGCGAUACGAUAGAUAUUGCCGUGGGAGAUUCCUUGGAUAAAUGCGCCAGGGAGAUUGGGAUAAGAGGGAACAUGUUGGCUAAGGAGAUGGAAUCAUUUAUAAAUGAAGACAUGGAACAAGCAAAGCUGUCUGAUUCCAUGAAAAUUGGGUUGCCAAAUCCACUCAGAAACAAGAAUGAUAGAGUUAACAUGCAGGCCUUUUCGUUUUGCCCAUUUGUAACUGCUGUUAAAAAAAAUCUUCCAAAGCCUCUACUUCAACUGAAUAUCCAGGAGAGACGUGAGAUUGCAUAUAAAAUCCAAGAGGGAAUAUUUAAACACGUAAUAAGUCAGCUGAAUCUUGUUUUGAGACUCAAUUCUGAAAAGUUAUCAGACGUUAAGCAAUUUGUUUGUUCCGGAGGAGUUAGCGCUAAUCAGCGCCUGCGAACUAAAUUAGAAACGGAAUUAGAGCAUGAUUUUGCUUCUUUUCAUUAUCCAAACAUUGAACUGUGCACAGAUAACGCAGUUAUGAUAGGAUGGGCUGGCAUAGAGUUGUACGAGAAGCACGGCCUGACGACAGGUCUAGGAGCUACUGCUAUCAGAAAAUGGCCCAUAGAUAAGAUGCUAGAUGUCCCUGAUUGGGUUGUACCGGAUAAAACCUAG